AAAGCUGGUGCCCAGACCUUCAGCGUGACACUCCUGUCCAACUCAUUAUAAUUGUAACACAGCCCGGUCAAGACCUUCCUGAGAGGCAACUAACACAGCCCCAAACAGUUUCUUUAGAAACUAUCAGCCUUUAUUGUUUAUGUGGAUCACUGAGGAAGGAUGAGUCAAACACCAUACCCACCCACAGGAGGAGCUUACUCAGGACAAUUAAUGUAUCCAGGUGAACAGCAACCAGGUUAUGGAUCUACUGCCCCUGCGCAAGGAGCCCCACCACAAGGAUAUAGCCCACCACAACAAGGUUAUCCUCCUCAACAACAGCCAGGUUAUGGACCUCCCCAACAACAAGGAAGUUAUAGACCUCCUCAACAACAAGGAGGUUAUAAUGGACCUCCCCUACAAGGAGGUUAUGCACCACCUCAACAGCAACCAGGGUAUGGACUUCCCCAGCAACAAGGUUACCCACCAAUGCAAGCUCAGCACCAGUAUGAUGGGGGACCACCCCUACAACAACAGGGGUACGGAGGUGUACCUAACCAGCAGCAAGCUUUCAUACCUCCAACAGGUGAAGCACAAACCCCAAGUUAUACUGGCUCAGAUGUUCCAGAUCAAGAUGUAGACGACAAUGAGAAUGCAGCACCACCUCCCCCAACGGCCCCUCCAGCUGAAAUGUUUGGAAAGUUUGCUGGAUACGAAAGUGUUGGCUUUGGCACAGAUUAUCUGCCUCCUCCGCCCCCCUAUGAACCACCAAAACAGCAGCAAACACCAGAACAGAUUUUCCAACAGGCCACAGCUAUAUCUGAAGAUCAGGCAAGAGAUGCCUUGUUGGCAUUUGUAGCUGAGAAUUGCUGUUAUGGUAAAAAGGCUGCCAAGGACAUGGAUAUCAAAGAUAUAGCACCAUCCAGUGCAUACCAUUACAACUUGACUAGUUUUUGUGAAUCAAGAUCCUCAGCUUGGAAGCAUGAACCCUACAGAGGUGGGUUGAAUUAAAAUAAAAUGAAUAAAAAAUAAUUGAAGACAUCAUCUUUGUGAG